UCGAGACUUCGCGCGGCACCUCGGCGGUUGUCUGGAGACGUCUCAGCCUUAGGCGGGCCGGCGAACUUGUCUGCCGGUCGCGGCGGGGCGGCACGGCCGCAGCCAUGGCGCCGAAAAAGAAAGGGAAGAAAGGGAAAGCCAAAGGCACCCCGGUCGUCGACGGGCUUGCUCCGGAGGACAUGAGCAGGGAGCAGGUGGAGGAGCACGUGGGCCGCAUCCGGGAGGAGCUGGACCGCGAGCGGGAGGAACGCAACUACUUCCAGCUGGAGCGGGACAAGAUCCACACCUUCUGGGAGAUCACGCGAAGGCAGCUGGAGGAGAAGAAGGCUGAACUGCGGAACAAGGACCGGGAGAUGGAGGAGGCCGAGGAGAGGCACCAGGUGGAGAUCAAGGUCUAUAAACAGAAGGUGAAGCACCUGCUGUAUGAGCAUCAGAACAACCUGACGGAGAUGAAGGCUGAGGGCACCGUGGUCAUGAAGCUGGCCCAGAAGGAGCACCGCACGCAGGAGGGGGCCCUGCGUAGGGACAUGCGGGCGCUGAAGGUGGAGCUGAAAGAGCAGGAACUGGCCAAUGAGGUGGUGGUAAAGAACCUGCGGCUGAAACACAUGGAGGAGAUAACCAAGAUGAGGAAUGACUUUGAGAGGCAAGUGCGGGAAAUUGAGGCCAAGUACGAUAAGAAGAUGAAGAUGCUUCGGGACGAGCUAGACCUGCGCAGGAAGACGGAGGUCCAUGAGGCAGAGGAGAGGAAGAACAGCCAGAUCAGCGCGCUGAUGCAGCGCCACGAGGAGGCCUUCGCGGACGUCAGGAACUACUACAACGACGUCACGCUCAACAACCUGGCGCUCAUCAGCUCCCUCAAGGAGCAGAUGGAGGAUAUGCGGAAGAAGGAGGAGCAUCUGGAGAAGGAGAUGAUGGAGGUGUCCGCGCAGAACCGGCGCCUGGCGGACCCUCUGCAGAAGGCUCGGGACGAGAUGGCCGACAUGCGGAAGAGGCUCGGCAGCUACGAGAGGGACAAGCAGAUCCUGGUGUGCACGAAAGCACGUCUGAAAGUCACUGAGAAGGAGCUGAAGAGCCUGCAGUGGGAGCACGAGGUGCUGGAGCAGCGUUUCAUCAAGGUGCAGCAGGAGCGGGAUGAGCUGUACCGCAAGUUCACUGCGGCCAUCCUGGAGGUGCAACAGAAGGUGGGCUUCAAGAACCUCGUCUUGGAGCGCAAGGUGCAGGCUCUGAACACCGCCGUGGAGAAGAAGGAGGUGCAGCUCAACGAGGUGCUGGCGGCCUCCAACCUGGAUCCCGCGGCCCUGACCCUUGUGUCCCGCCAGCUGGAGGAUGUUCUGGAAUCAAAGAACAGCACGAUCAAGGACUUGCAGUAUGAGCUGGCCCGGGUCUGCAAGGCCCACAACGACUUGCUGCGCACCUAUGAGGCAAAGCUCCUGGCUUUUGGGGUCCCCCUGGACAACGUGGGCUUCAAGCCCCUGGAGACGGCUGUGAUGGGGCAGAUGCUGGGCCAGGGCCCUGCAGGACUUGUGGGCACCCCAACAUAGCGCCUGCCCGGGGCCGCUCCCUGGAUGACCCCAUUAAGCAUCAAGGACAGCAGGUAUCUGUAGGUGUGUGUCGUCGGCGAAUGAAGGUUUUCACACGUGCUGUGUCCUGUCCCAUGGCUGUGUAGAGGGGCACCUCCAGGACCCUCAGCGCCCCGUCUGCUUCCGUCCCCAGUGACCAUCCAGUCUGUGUGCCCAUCCACCCCUCCCCCCGGGCCGAACUCUGCCAUGUGACUGCAGCCGCCAACACUGACUUUAUCGAAGCCCGAGUCACAGCUGCCACCGGGAGACGGGGCCAGAACACCCCAGGAGUGAGAGCCCGGAGCUCACUGUGCUGGUUGGGAGCGGCUCAGCCUGCCACGGUGACGGGGUCUGCACUCGUAGGCCAGCUGGUGGUCAGUGGUGCGACAGUGGCUCAGCCACUAGCUCCCUCGGUAUGUGGUGUAAGACCAUGGGCUCAGCAGCAGGGGCACGUGGAACUUGUGGGUCUCGUUUGUGAUGGUGAAAACGACCUGAGAACAGAGGAGGCACUGGGAGGGGGCCGGGGCAGGGCAGCAAGUAGUGCACCAGCACCUGGCCCUGGGGCUGCCUGGGAAGGGGGCAGGAGCCCCAGGGCCAGUGGGAGGGCUGUGGGUGGGGCCCGAUCCUCCCCAGAGGAAGCACUUGACCGGAAGGGACCACGGGCCUGUAGGUCCCCAGAGUCCACCCUGAACAGGUCAGGUGAAGGGGGACAGUGAGCAGAAUGGGGCGCGGUGUCCACAGAGGCUGAGUCACCCUCUGCCCUGCCCCCCCACAGCCUGACCCUGGGGCGGGGCAGGGCAGGGACAGGUGUGUUGUGGUCAAGUCCCUGCGUGCCUUUCUUCUGGGAGCUCAGAGCAGGUGAGGUGGAAGAGUCAGACCAGUCUGCGGGUCUCAGUGGUUCAUGGGCCUCCACCUGUCUGGCCCUCACCUCCACGUAGGGGUAGAAGCUCUCCUGGCCCCUCUCCUUCCAGUAGCCCUCCGUGUCGAAGGACAGCUUGUAGGUGCCCGUCUUCACCUGGCUUGGCGGCAGGAGCCCGGGACAGCGGCCGUCGGGGUUGGUGUAGCUGGGGAGGACAGGGGAGGGUGCUGCAGACUGGGGCGAGGAGCCCCCGUGCCUGGGCCUCCUCGGUCUGUGCGCCCAGUGCUCUCAGAUGUCCCUGUGGCCUGACUUAGACUUUGGUGAGCAGGGCCUGGAUGGCUCCACAGCAGGACAGGUUCUGGAGCAGCCCAGGGACACCACUGCAUUGUGUUUUCAGGAAAUCAGAGAGAAGCAGAAAGUGGAAAAAAAAAUCUCCCAUAGUCUACCCCGUGAGCAAUAAUCACUUUAUAUUUGGCAUAUAUAUUUUUCAGAUUUCUGUCUAUGCCUAAGUAUGCUUAUUUACAAACAAGAAAAGUGGAUUAUACUACUCAUGCUGUCUUA